AUGGGUUCUCCUUGGCUGUUUGCUGCUUGGGGCAUCGAUGUUAUUGGGCCCAUAGAGCCUCUUGCAUCCAAUGGAAACCGUUUUAUCUUGGUCGCUAUCGGUUACUUCACAAAGUGGGUUGAGGCUUCGACACAUAAAGCCAUAACAAAGAAGGUGGUAGCAGAUUUUGUUCGCAAUAACUUAGUCUACCGAUUUGGAAUUCCAGAAUCAAUCAUAACAGAUAAUGGAGCCAAUCUUAAUAGUGACCUGAUGAGAGAGAUUUGUGAAAGCUUUAAUAUCUCUUAUCGAAAUUCUAGGGCAUAUCGACCACAAAUGAAUGGAGCAGUUGAAGCUGAAAAUAAGAAUAUCAAAAGGAUUUUGAGGAAGAUAGUGGACGGUAAUAGAGAAUGGCAUGAGAAGUUGCCAUAUGCUUUACUUGGAUAUCGCACCAUAAUCAUAACUUCUACUGGGGAAACUCCCUACAUCUUGUUUUAUGGUUCAGAAGCAGUGAUACCUACAGAAGUAGAGAUACCUUCAUUGAGAGUCAUUCAGGAGGUUGGUCUAGACGAUGCUGAAUGGAUUCGUAGCAGGAUCGAGCAGUUGAUACUCAUUGACGAGAAGAGAUUGGAUGCAGUCUAUCAUGGUCAACUCUAUCAAAAUAAAAUGAUCAAGGUGUUCAACAAGAAAGUCAAGCCUCGUCGAUUCACACUAGGACAGUUAGUAUUGAAGAAGAUAUUCUCUCACCAAGUUGAAGUAAAAGGAAAAUUUGCGCCAAAUUGGCAAGGUCCUUACAUAGUUCACCGAGCACUCUCAGGAGGAACAGUAAUCCUCGCAGAAAUGGACGGUACAAUAAGCACGAAGCCGAUCAAUUCAGACACCAUCAAGACGUACUACAUUUGA